CCAUGUACACACACACACACACACACCAAAACACCCGGGUCUAAUUGAAACAGUAAAGUCCUCUCUUUUCAGGUUCUACAAAUCGAUCGAUCUGGCGAAAAAUUCUCCUUCCAAAGAUGGAAGCCGCCAAUAACCCAAAUUCGGAAGCUGUUAGAAAGCCUCAACUUAUCUACCGCUGUAAAAAGUGCAGAAGAAUCGUUGCUUCGGAGGAAAGCAUAGUUCCUCACGAACUUGGCAAAGGCGAACAAUGUUUUAAAUGGAAAAAGAGAAGUGGUGAUAAACUUGGGGAGGAGAAGGAACCGACCCAAUGUUCUUCCAUUUUUGUGGAGCCCUUGAAGUGGAUGCAACCAGUUCAAGAAGGGUAUGUAGAAGAAAAACUUCAAUGCAUUGGCUGCAAAGCUCGAUUGGGUUCCUUCAAUUGGGCUGGUAUGCAAUGCAAUUGUGGAGCUUGGGUUAAUCCUGCUUUUCAGUUGCAUAAAAACCGGUUAGAUGAGUGCUAUAUGUGAACAGACUUUUCUUACUAUUGCUUGAUAGGUUAAUCUUGCAAAUUCUAUGGUUAGGUAUAGUUUAUUUUAGGAGAUUAACAUUGGUACAUGAUUCAGUAACCCGUUGUUAAAACUGCUAGCCUGUUGCAAUUGAUGGUUAUUUUUAGUAAAUGCUGCUUCUGUUUUGACUUGAUGUUGUUUAUGGCAAUUAACUUUCUGAUAAUCAAAGAUUAGAACUCAAGGAUUGCAUGGCUGUUUUUUGUUGAAAUUGAAUUUGGAGUAACCACUGAAAAAUAAAUUCAUUUGGUUUUAUUUUUCUCUGUUGAUUACUGGCAUGAGAAGUGCACCGGUCUAUAUCAAGGGAAUUGCAUGGUAUGUAAUACAUUAAGUAGCAAAGCGCAUAGCUGCUAAAGGGUAGGCUAGGUGGGUUGUGAACUGACAACAAUCACUGGAAUCUGGUGGCUCCCCAAUAGCUAGACAGUGCAUUUACUGCCCACCAGCGAGGCUCUUGAAGCGGAUUUUUCCCGUGGGUGGGUCAUCCACUACAAGCUCAUUCACUGGAGGCCACAGCAUGAGUUUCCUAGCCUUCACACCCUUAAGCUUUGUGAUCCGCUUCUUGUCAACAAAACCGGUAAUUUCAAU